AUGUCACUCUUCCCCCUUGAAGUCCACUAAUCCUGCUUUCCCUUUCAACCAAUAAUAUAUGCACGUAUACGUCAUGUGACUGCACGCACGGGGAAACAGGCGUUCUCCCUAAACCAAUGGAAUGCAUUGAACCGUACGUCACGUGAUUCAGCGGUAAGCGAGGCAGAAGGAGAUUAUAAUAUUUUCGAAACGCAACAGCUUGCACGAGUGAAGAGAUAGUCAGUCUACUACAUGAAGGCAAAUGGAUAGUGUGGAAGAGCCAGGUGGUAGCGGAGAGAGCCAGGCAAGUGAUUCAACAAAGUUUGUCCCCAAGAGAGGUGCGCAUUCUGUUGUGUGGAAAUACUUCGGCUUUAAACCUGAAGACGACGAUCAAUGUGGCGAGGUGUACUGCUGCAUAUGCUCCAUCACAGUAGGAGCAAAGCAGGGCAAUACUUCUAAUUUGUCCGGCCACCUCAAACGCCACCACAUAGUGCAAUAUGACGAAAUUAUGCCCAAGACACCUGAUGCACGCCCAAAACAGGCGUCUAUAACAGACACCUUACAGAACGCGACGCCCUAUCCGACCAGCUCCAGCAGGCAAAAACAAAUAACUGAUGCAAUAGCAUACCACAUUGCCAAAGACAUGGCGCCGAUGUAUACAGUCGAGCACGUUGGAUUUAAAAAGAUGGUCCAAACAUUGGACAAACGUUACACUAUGCCUUCGCGGAAAUACUUUUCCAAUGUUGCGAUACCAGCAAUGUAUGAUUCCAAGCGGGCAGAUGUCAAAGCGGAAUUACGUGAAGUGAAAUACUUCUCGGCAACGUCAGAUUUGUGGUCCAGCCGGACCAUGGAGCCUUAUAUGAGCCUGACCGUGCACUUCAUUACAAGUGACUUCGAGAUGAAAAGCCGAUGUCUUCAGACGAGUUUCUUCCCGGAGGACCACACUGGUCAGGCUUUAGCUCAUGGCUUGAAGGAGGCGCUUGCGGCAUGGGGGUUGGAUGAGGAAAGGCUGGCUUGCAUUACAACAGACAACGGGCAAAACAUCGUCAAAGCCAUUUCCAUAAACAACUGGACCAGGCUGCAAUGUUUUGGCCACAGACUGCAUCUUGCAAUCGAAAAUGCCAUGAAGCACACAAAAGUUGACAGAGCAGUGGGCCUUUGCAAGAAGAUUGUGGGAUCCUUCAGUCACAGCUGGAAGCGCAGGAGAGACCUUGCUCAGGUCCAAAAGGAGCUCAAACUGCCUGUGCACAAACUGAAAACGGAGUGUCCAACAAGAUGGGGGUCAAGGCAAGCCAUGGUGCAGCGAGUCCUUGAGCAGCUACCAGCCAUCACUCAUGUCUUAUCCCCGGACCGGAAGACGAGGCACCUGGUUCCCAUGUGGCAGGACCUAGAGAUCCUUGAGGCCAUCAAUGCCACCCUCACCCCACUUGCUGACUUUACAGAUGCCCUUUCCGGAGAGCAGUAUGUGAGCAUUUCUUCAGUCAAGCCGGUGCUGCAUCUGUUUGAGUCCUCCGUGUUGGUGGUCAAAGAGGAUGACAUAGAGUUCACCGCAACAUUGAAGACCAAGAUCUUGGGAUACCUUCAAGACAAAUACAGUGACCCGAAUACACAGGAUCUCCUCAACAUGGCAACGACACUUGACCCAAGAUUCAAGAUGGAUUACAUUGGAGAGGAGGUCAAACCCACUGUACGAGCAAGACUGGUGGAUGAGAUGACUGGCCUUACACCAGCUGAGCAAGUUGCCCCUGACCCCUCGACUGAUCCCCAGAAACCUCCUGCGAAGAAGGCCCGGAAGACGCUUGGAAGCUUCUUUAAAGCCGCAAAAAGCAAUGAGGAGUCAGGCCCCACAGUUAAUCGAGACCAAGCAGUUCUGUCAGAGAUGGAGUCAUAUCUCCUUACACGAAACAUAGACACUGAAGAUGAUCCCUUAACUUGGUGGAGGGAAAAUAAGGCCCAAUAUCCCCGAAUGUCUUUGCUGGCACGAAAGUAUUUGGGCAUCCCUGCCACGAGCUCACCCUCUGAGCGGCUGUUCAGUACUGGAGGGAACAUCGUGACCUGUCAACGGUCAUCACUGAGGCCUCAAAAUGUUGACAGACUUGUGUUCUUGGCAAAAAAUCUUUGAGGAAAUUAUGCAGGGCCUUGUAUUGAUCUAUAUUCAGCCCUUUGUGCACCAUGUUAAAAAAGAAUUGCACUUGUUUUUUUCACAGUGGAAUUAAUAGUUCUGAAUAAUUUCCACAUUUCUGGCCAAUGGUCUUUGUUUUUAUUACAGUGUUCAGGCUAACAGUGUGUGGAGAUGCCUGUUGUUGGUGAACUUCAUAGAGUUAAUUGCGGUUCAUUUUAGAAGUGAAUGGGUCUUCUGUGCUUUUUUAUUUUGUAUUUUAUAGGUGUUCUGGCUAACAGAAUGUGUGAUAUCUGUUGUAGGCAAAUUUCUUGGAGAUUACAGCCAUGGACAUUGUGCAAAUUGCACAUUACCAAAAAAAGCCUUGGCCGUAUUAGGCAUGCUCAGGGCUGUACGUUAAGCUUUUUCACUAGGUUUAUGUUUAUGUAAAAUACUGUGCUUAUUGCACCAUUGCUUGUUUCUUCAUCUUCAUGCACAAUAGCCUAGGCUAUAUGUCAGUGUUUUGUUUCCAACACUGGGGUAUGGGGUCACCUGGAAUUCCAAUGGGCUCCCCUGAAAUGUCUAGGUGUGAAAUAAAAAAAAUACCA